CGACAACCCUCAGAUCAGCGCAACACUACGAGCAAAACGAAAGACCAAAGCCAACACUAUAGCAACCGAGACCCUCACCAAAAAGAAAAUAACCAAAAAACCAAACACACAAUGCUCCGUCGCCCACCAACAACGCUUACCCUCACCGCCGAAGAUGUCGCCGCGUACGAAGACCGCCGCUUCGCAGCCAUGCAAGCCCAAUCGCAAAACCAGACAAGCUCACGUGCUCCCUCUCACCCAUUACAACCGCAACCUACCGCAAUGGACACUUCUUCCUCGUCCGUAACUCCGUCGCCGCCACGAAUCGAAGACGACGAAGAUAUGCAAGACAUGGACGUAGACGCAGACGUAGACGCAGACGUAGACGCGGACGCAGACGAAGCCGAUACAAGCGACCCCUUCGUAAUGGCGCCCCGCCGCGCCGCCCGCGAACAAUUCAGCAGGCGCGAGCAGUCACCCGGCCAGGCACGCGCCGCAUACCUUCAGCAAAUGCGAGCAUCACGGAGCCAACACACCACUCCAACCGCACCAGCCCCCUCGACACGAAUGCAGCGGAUCACGGGCGCGAGCGGGAAUACAGGGCAGACAGGAAGGACGGCGGGGACGGCUCGAUCAGCGACCAGCAGACAGGGAAGCACGGAGCCAACUACCGCGGCCCCGUCACAAGCACCGCGUAUGAUGACGCGGAGUAGAGAAGAGCGGAUAGGUAUUGCGGGGUCGACGGCGGGGACGGGGUCGAGACGGCGUUAGGACCCUGCCAUUGCGAUCAUCCGUUAAUUUUUGCGUUGCUGGUGUGGGCAUGGCGUAAUCUGGCUGUUGCUUCUUACCUUUUAAGGAUUAAGGAACUGGAUCAUAUGGGAAUGGGGGCAAUGACUAAGGACACACUUGAUUUGAUAUGCUAGCUAUGCUAGAAAGAGCGAAAUAACUUCCAAUAUAUAUAAGAUACACACAAACACUCUCGCAGCCCCCGUGCAAGUAUCGCUAGUCCAGCAUUUUCACCAUCGUUCAACACCAAAUCCAACAUGCUGAGCUCACCAUAACCACAACAGCCAUCUUAUCUAUCUACCCUC